CUCUACUCUCUCUACUCCCUUGACUCCUCUCUUCUUUUCUCUCUCUACACGCUCUCUCACUCUCUCCCCCCGAAACUUCUUUGCAGACAACUGAAAACAACCCAUCACCGAGACCAUCAUCACAACCCUAAAGUACCAGAUCGCCGGACUCCGGAAUGGCCCUCUGGAGAACAUCAAAUUCCGUCCGCCGCCGUAGGCGUUUUCCGGUUAAAUGCAGGGCUACGACCGUCAAACGGUCACCACCCUUAUACCCUCCAACCAUGGCAAAACCAUAAUCUAAAGUUCCAAAAUAACCCUUCAGAAAACCAAACUAAAUAGAAAAACCACAACUUUCCUUUUUCAUCCACAACCAUAUAUAGAUAUACACACACAUAUAUAUUUGAUUAUACUCAGCGAUAUAUAUUGCAAAUUCAUUCUGCAGUGUUGCUGAUACAAUGGCGGGAACAAAUGCACCCACUCAACACGUUGAGUCUUCGUCAGUGUCACUCUCACCAGACGAGCUCGCAGCGAAGUCCCUGCAAAAACGAUAUGAAGGGUUGGUGAUGGUUCGAAACAAAGCGAUUAAGGGCAAAGGGGCUUGGUACUGGUCUCACCUUGAGCCCAUUCUGGUUCACAAUCCCGAUUCGGGCUUGGCCAAAGCUGUGAAAUUGAGGUGUUCUCUGUGUGAGUCUCUCUUCUCUGCUUCGAACCCAUCGAGAACUGCUUCAGAGCAUCUCAAGAAAGGAACUUGCCCAAAUUACCAUCAUUUUCCCAAACCCAUUUCAUCAAUUUCACCAAUUUCGUCAAUUUCUAUGCCUCAUCUGGUUUCGCCUUCCUCUGCUUCGCAGCAGCAGCACCACCGUAAGCGUAGUUCAUCUUCUUCCGGUGGUCGUGGCAGUGGCGGCGGCGGUUCUUUGUAUGGUCAGCAGCAGCAGCAUUUGAUGUUGUCUGGCGGGAAAGAAGAUUUGGGGGCUUUAGCAAUGUUGGAAGAUAGUGUGAAGAAGCUAAAGAGUCCAAAAUCAUCGCCUGGUCCAACUCUAAGCAAGACCCAGAUUGAUUCUGCACUUGAUUAUCUUGCUGAUUGGGUCUAUGAGUCAUGUGGGUCAGUCUCACUUUCAAGUCUCGACCACCCAAAGUUCAAAGCUUUCCUUAACCAGGUUGGUUUGCCGGCAAUGUCGCGAAGAGAGCUCACCGGAGCUAGAUUAGACGCCAAAUUUGAGGAAGCCAAAGCAGAAUCAGAAGCCAGAAUUCGAGACGCCAUGUUCUUUCAAAUUGCUUCCGAUGGUUGGAAAUCAAAGAAUGGUGGACAAGGGGUGGGAGAAAAUUUGGUGAAUUUGGCUGUGAAUCUUCCCAAUGGUACUAGUGUGUAUCGGAGGGCAGUGUUCACCGAUGGGUGUGUGCCUUCUAACUAUGCAGAAGAGGUUUUAUGGGACACAAUCAUAGACAUUUGUGGGAACAAUGUGCAACAAUGUGUUGGUAUAGUUGCAGACAAGUUUAAGGCCAAGUCAUUGAGGAAUUUAGAGGAUCAACAUCAUUGGAUGGUUAAUCUUUCUUGUCAGUUUCAAGGCUUCACUAGUUUGAUUAAGGACUUCUAUAGGGAGCUUCCAUUGUUCAAUAAUGUGAUUGAGAAUUGUUCGAAACUGGCUAAUUUCGUCAAUAACAACUCUCAAGUUCGAAAUAAUUUUCACAAGUAUCAGUUGCAGGAGUAUGGGCAUGUUGGGUUAUUAAGGGUUCCCUUGGGUGAAUGUGAGAAAUCAAACUACGGACCUGCGUGCACUAUGGUUGAGGACAUACUCAGCUCAGCACGUGCACUUCAGCUAGUGGUGCUAGACGAAUCAUAUAAGAUGGUGUCAAUGGAGGAGCCAGUACUUGCAAGAGAGAUAGAGGAGAUGAUGGGAAGUCCUCAUUUUUGGAAUGAACUCGAAGCGGUGCAUUUGCUAGUAAAGCAAAUCAAAGGAAUGGCUCAAGAGAUUGAGACUGAGAAGCCACUGAUUGGGCAGUGUCUUCCCCUUUGGGAUGAGUUUAGAGCGAAAGUGAAGGACUGGUGUUUGAAAUUCCACAUUUCCGAAGGGACAGUGGAAAAGGUGAUUGAUACGCGGUUUAGAAAGAAUUAUCACCCUGCUUGGGCUGCUGCAUUUAUACUUGAUCCACUUUAUUUGAUUAGGGACACCAGUGGGAAGUAUCUGCCUCCCUUUAAAUGCUUGACGCCUGAGCAAGAGAAGGAUGUCGACAAGCUUUUAACCCGGCUUGUAUCAAGGGAAGAGGCCCAUAUUGUGCUAAUGGAGCUUAUGAAAUGGAGAGCAGAAGGGCUUGAUCCUGUAUAUGCACAGGCUGUACAGAUGAAGCAGAGAGACCCCAAUACUGGGAAGAUGAAAAUUGCCAAUCCUCAAAGCAGUAGGCUUGUGUGGGAAUCUCACCUCACCCAGUUUAAGUCACUAGGGAAAGUUGCAGUUAGGCUCAUCUUCCUUCAUGCAACUUCAUGUAGGUUCAAGUGCAAUUGGUCUUCCUUGAGAGGGGUCAGUGCCAAUGGUCACUCAAGUGCAGGUUUGGAGAGGGCUCAGAAAAUGAUAUUUAUUGCUGCUCAUUCGAAGCUUGAGAAGCGGGAUUUGUCCAGUGAUGAAGAAAAGGAUGCAGAGCUGUUCGCCCUGGCAAAUGGUGAGGAUGAUGUGCUUAAUGAGGCUCUUCUUGUUGCAUCUUCAGUAGGCAGUCAACAAAGAUAUAGUUGGAUUGAAGAAGCCACCAUAAGAUGCUUACUUGGUGACACAAAUUGGUUAGAUCAUGAUUGAAGUGGAUUUUUCGGAGAGGAUCCAAGAAAAGACUUCGAUAUGGAAUUCUCUGUCAAGUUUCUUUUUGAAAAAGGCCGGAGGUUGCUCGGACUUGCAAGCCACAGUUCCCGACAUGUGUCAACAACCUCGGAAGGACCUGAGCUGGAGUAGCACUGCCCUUCUGUUGUUAUCUCAUUCCUAUCUUCUGGUUUGUGUGCCUUUAGGAGAAUGGAGCCCCACCAGCAAAGAAGUGGACGUCUGUUUCCAAGUUUUGGUUGUUACAAAGAGAGAGAUAAGGGCCCUUAAGUUAAAUCAACUUUGGCUAACUUCUCUUUAAAACAUUCCAAAGCCUGUGAUUUCAUGCAGAGUCAUGGGAUUAUGCCCCCCAUGAUUGUGAAAAAGGUGUUGGGAGGACCCAAAGUUAGAGAGAUUGUCGGCAUGAAGCAACACAGAAGAUGCUUGCUAGCGAUUCAUCAUUCACCUAUAAGUUAAAACUGGUUUUGUAGCCUAAUAAUACUGUACGCCUAGCCGAAAUUUUUGGGGAUUGUUAUUGUAUUUUUUGCACUUGUUAUGUGGUCGUGAUUCUAUAACAGUAUAGUGGGGACGGUGAUGCAUAUUCAUUCUGAA